AUGUCCGAGUCAUUCGCUACCUUCCGCAAUCGUCGCAGCGACGAAUUGUCCCGUCUGGCUGACGAACACCUUCAGCACGACUUGCGACAGGAAGACCGCGAUACCUUGAAGUCUGCAGCUUCGAAAGUGUCCCUUUGGACUGGCAUUGGCUCCGCAGUAGGAAUUGGGUUGGGUCUAUAUGUCGCCUUCAGACUGCGCAGCUCGCGCAAAGCUUUCUAUGAUGUUUUCCGCGCCCAGGAGAGACCUACACAAGUGGUGUUUGCCGAUGGUCGGACAGAGUCUAUUCCGGAUAUCACCCCCUUACUAAAGCCAACCACAUUUGGUGAUUUCUCUACGUAUUUCUUUGCUUCUGCUGGUGGACUGUUUUUGGGUGGAGAGCUAGGCUUCUUGGGAGGAACAGCUAGUGGCACUCGCACCAUCACUGCCGACCCGGAGCAGAAGAAGAGGAUUGAGAACGCGUUCCGGCGAUUCCGGGCCGACGUACUGCGCAAGGAAGCCGAUGAAUUGGAUCGUGGAGCGAGUGUUGUGGAUAAGAUGUUUUGA